GGAGACCAGCCCAGGGUUUACCGCCCGCGCCGCCUGCUAAACCCUCCCCCAUUCCGCCUACUCGCCGCCGCCGCCGCCUUCCAGAACUACCGGCGGCCAGGCGACGCGGCCGACCGAGCAUGUGGGCUCUGAGAAGCCUCCGCCGGACCCUCCCGAAGGCAGCCUCUUCGUCGCUCCACCGGAGGUGCGCCCCGUCGAUUAGCUCCGUGGGCUUCAAGGCGUGGGGAGGAGGGGGCGAGGCGGCCGCGGCCUCAAUAUCAGCCGCGUUAGUGCCGGCGGGCGCUGGAGGCGGAGGGGUAUGCCGUCGGCUGAUGUCGACGAGCAAGGGGAGGAGCAUACGGAGCAAGGUGGAGAAGCGGAUGGGGAGGGAGACCGGCCGCACGCAGAAGGAGCUGCGCCACGCGGUCAAGCUCCGAAAGAAGCUCAUGACCGAGGACGAGAGGCUCAUCCACAGCAUGCGGAGGGCCAAGAAAAAAGUUGCUCUACUUCUACAAAAGCUCAAGAAGUAUGAACUACCAGACCUACCAGCUCCUCGUCAUGAUCCAGAGCUGUUAACAGCUGAGCAGCUACAGGCUUACAAGAAGAUUGGAUUCAGAAAUAGAAACUAUGUCCCUGUUGGAGUUCGUGGAGUCUUUGGAGGUGUUGUUCAAAACAUGCACAUGCACUGGAAAUUCCAUGAGACAGUGCAAGUUUGCUGUGACAAUUUCCCGAAGGAAAAAAUUAAGGAAAUGGCAUCAAUGCUGACAAGAUUGAGUGGUGGUAUAGUGGUUAACAUUCACAAUACCAAAACAAUUAUCAUGUUUCGUGGAAGGAACUACCGUCAACCAAAGAACCUCAUACCUUUUAACACGCUUACCAAACGGAAGGCUUUAUUCAAGGCUAGAUAUGAGCAGGCUCUUGAGUCACAGAAACUAAAUAUCAAGAAAAUAGAGACACAACUUCGUCGCAAAGGUAUUAACCCAGAGGACCCAGUUGCCAUGGCCAGCAUCCAGCGAGUUGCCUCGAGAUUUUUCCGAGCCAUAGACGAGCAGCAAGGUACUCCCUAUGUCUUCCAUGGGGAUAAACAACCUACUGCUGGGACUACGGAAUUAAAAGAAGCAGAUGUUGAGCCAGCUGAGGAUAGCGACCAGGAGGAGCUUGACAACUUCAUUGCAGAAAUAGAGAAUGCAGCAGAGAAGCAAUGGGAGGAAGAGGAGGCAGCAGAGAAAGAAGAAACUUCAAGGCUGCAGUAUCGCUACAGAGAAGAGAUGAUGGGUGAGCGGAGGGGUUUCAAUAGAAGCUAUGACAACUCAGAUGCCGAUGAUAGAACCCAGGGAAGAUACAGGAGAGAUAACGACAACAAUAAAUGGGCAACAGAUACAAGGAGAUGGGAUGAUGACAGUGAGAUAGAGGCGUCAGGUGAGGAUGUGGGUGAGCGCAGGGGUUUCGGGAGAAGGUAUGAUAACUCAGAUGCUGAGGAUAGAAGCCAGGGAAGAUACAGGAGAGAGAACAAAAACAACAGAAGAACAUCAGGUUCGAGCAGGUUGGAUGAUGAUACUGAGGCAUCAGGCGAGGACUGGGACACUGAUGAUGGCAGGGAUAGUAUGGUUUGCUUCGACAAGGAGAGGCAUAUACCUGAUGAACAUCCUCGGCGAUUUGACAGCAUGCGACAUGACAGGAGUAGUUCCAGUCACAGGCAGAAUUACAUGCCUGGGGCCUCCAGAAGCCCCAGCCGGACCCCAAAGAAUGCAGUUAGUGUUUCUGAUGACAGCGAGGAUGACGUUUCAGACAGUGAAGAUGAUGAGGUGUGGGGAGCAGAUUACAAGGAAGAGACGAGCUCGAGUGCCCCGAAGGUGAAUUUUCCUAAUUACAAGAGCAGCAGCGAGGAGGAUACCGGCGACAACUGGAUGCGUGGUGGCAGAACCAGCCGAACGAAGAAGAAUACCGACGAGGACUGGGACAGUGACUGACAAAUUGAAAAAGAACAGUCAAGCCUGCAUCAUGUUGUCACAUUUCUGCAGGAAAGAGUUCGUUGAGCUUGUUUUUCGUGGGAGCAUCUGUCUCAGUGUCGCAGACGGUGCUGCUUGAUUCCAACCUGACAUCAUGCUGGGUUGGGUGCUCAUAAAUAAUUGUUUGAAUUGCGUCUCCAAAUAUGUAGUUGGCGCAUCCCCGAAGGCCGAAGCAGUCUGCCAGUUGCCAGUUGCUGCUUGAUUCCAACCUGACAUCAUGCUGGGUUGGGUGCUCAUAAAUGAUUGUUUGAAUUGCGUCUCCAAAUAUGUAGUUGACGCAUCCCCGAAGGCCGAAGCAGUCUGCCAGUUGCCAGCAGCCGCGUGACCAUAAUAGCAGGAGGUCAUGGUGUUGAAUGUUGUCCUUGUCUGAAAGUGUUUCGGCAGUUUGAUAGGUCGAAGGCGUCUGGUGGUUCUACACAUCUGAAUCCCUUGUUAUGAGAUCAUUCGUAAGAACGGAUUUGCCGUGAACAAAAAGGCUUGCACAUAGGAAUAUUUGAAGGCCCUGCUUGUUGUGCCCCCUCGAGGCAUAUACGUUUACUCAUUCAUUCAUUGGGAUGCUCACCAUAACGCAAUGGCCAUUUUGUUUUCCGUCCUGGUUUAUUGGUCCCCUCCGUAUUUUAUGCCAAAUUUUGAUCACAGAUUUAACUAACAAACUGUUAAUACAUGUGAUAAAAAAUUAUGUCAUUUGGAUUUGUAUUUGAACAUA